AUGGAAGAAACCGAGAAAGAAAUAGAUAAUGAAGAGGUAGAAGAAAAUAUAACAUCAUGUCCUUCACAAAUUCCAGACACAUCUCUUGUUGAGCUAAACAUGUUGCUUGUAAUUCUUUCUUCUGCUAACUCUUUAUCUGAUGAUAAUUCACACGAGGAGAAUGAUCAUAUUAUAAGAGAUCAUGCUAUUGCUAAUGUAAAUAAAACAUAUACAUCAAGAUUAGAAGCCAAGAAAAAAGAGAAACAUGAACCUAAGUUGAUUGGGAAGAAAGCAUUUUCAUCAAGAUUUCAAACUACCAUAAAAGAUUCUAGGCAUGGAAGAAAAAUGUAA